AUGUGGGAGCCGGGCUCUCACUCCCACUCCGCCAUGUCCUCGUCAGGAAAAGCUGUCGCCGCUCCCUCCUGCCUCUCCUCCCAGUGCUUCGACCUCCUGACCAGGUCCUGCGUGAAGUGCUCCGACUUGUUCAAGGACAACACAACAGAGCCCGCCCGUGCGGCGCCCACCUCCGGUCUGGCACCCACCCUCCCCUCGGUGGACCUGCCCAGCACCCUCCUGAUCUUCGGAGUCCCGGCAGUGGUGGGGCUCAUCCUGGCUCUGGCUGCCCUCUGGGGCUUCCUGGCCUGCAAGGUGGGCAAGCAGAGGAGGAAGAGGAAGGCAGCGGAUGAGGAGGCUGAAGCAAAUGUGGAUGCUGCUGGCCCCCUGCCUGGCCUGGGCUGCCAGGGCCCUGCUGCACUGGAGGGAGAUGCCACCCUGGCCCUGGACCCGUGCCCGAAUCUCAAUGGAGGCCUGAAGAUGCCAGGGCCAUCUGGGAAAGCUGGGGCAAAGCGAAGGCCAUGCUGCCAGGGCGAUGCUGACGGUGACAUCAUCCUGCUUUCUGCUGUGUACCCUCAGCAUGAGGAGUGCAAACACAGCUUCCCGCUGCCCGCCACCGAGCUGGGGGCCACGGCCCUCGUCACCACCAAAACCACCCAGAACUGCGCCGGUGAGGAGAGAGCCUGA